AUGUUCUGCUUAUUUCGAUUUAUUGCCUUCAUACAACUAAGCUUUAUAGUAAUCUAUAAUAUUCCAUUUGGGACUUCAACAUUGAUUACUGACAGUGAAUGGAUGCAAUAUAAGUUGCAAUAUGGGAAGAUCUAUUCAAGUGUAUCAGCGGAAAAUUUAGCACGGUACAAUUUUAAUAAUAACAAAAUACUUAUCGACACACAUAAUGUGAAAUACAAUUCCAAAUCAACUACAUUCAAAUUAGGAGUAAAUCAAUUUUCGGAUAUGAGUUUAGUGGAUUUUAAAUCAUUAUUUCCCGUAGCGGUUUAUCCAACAAUUUCUUAUGACGUAGCGCCAAAAAUAGUCAACCCACCGCCUAUGUACUACAAUCCCAUUAAGGAUCUAGGAAUUAUAUCCUUAAUUGAGAAUCAAGGCAUUGCUUGCAACAGUGGUUGGGCUUAUGCAGCUGCAAAGUCAAUAGAGCUGAAGCAGGCAUAUCAGAACAAUACAUCACCAUUGGUUUCUUUAUCUGCGCAAAACCUGAUCGAUUGUGCGGGUCGUUCAACUGCUUGUAAAACACAAGUACCACAAACAGCUUUUGACUAUUUAUCUGUAUAUGAUCAGAACUUACAUACAACAAUGCAAUACCCAAAUAUGAAUAAACAGAAUGAGCAAGGCAUGUGUCUACAGAGCUAUGGACCUUAUACCAAACUACACAGUUAUGUACGUCUAUAUGGUACGGAUGAUAGUGAUUUGUUAAAAUAUGUUGGAAACUCAUUUCCAGUUGUGAUUGAAUUCAAUCCAACCUCAUUUGAAUUUAUGCACUAUGCUGAAGGAGUUUUUAAGCAGCCUACAACAGGCAAAGGAUCACAUUUUAUGGUUGUAAUUGGUUAUGAAUCUGAUCCAACGACUGGACUUAAUACUUGGUUACUUCAAAACUCAUUUGCUUCAACCUGGGGUGAAAAUGGUUAUUUUCGUAUUGUAAGAAAUCAAGUUGAUACUAUUGGUAAAUCUGCUAUUUACCCAGCUACAGUGAUAUGAGAUUUGAUUGUU